GAUCGGGCGGUGGCAUCCUACACAUAUUAUACUCUUGUGCUGCACGAGGCAGCAUCGCCGGCCCAGCUCUGAAUUAAUUCGUAACUGCCUGUCUCUCUCAUCCAACAGCGCGGGCUUGAUCGGGCUGUGCUUUCUCCUCAUUAAGUAGGAUAUGUUCCCUUUUUGUUUGGAGAUCACAUCGUCCUUUAAUUUCGACCUCCUCGUUGAGUUUGAUGCACCUCUUCUUCCUUCUCCCUUCCACCGGGUUUCUCGGCUGGCAGCUGCGCGCCAUGAAUUCCACUCUGUUCAUCAUCGGCGUCAUAGGGAACAUCAUUUCGGUUCUGGUCUUCGUUUCUCCCAUCCCGACGUUCUGGAGGAUCGUGAGGAGCAGGUCGACGGAGGACUUCGAGGCGGCGCCGUACGUGCUCACGCUGCUCAACACGCUGCUAUGGCUCUACUACGGCCUCACCAAGCCCGAUGGCCUGCUUAUCGCCACCGUCAACGGCUUCGGCGCCGUCAUGGAGACCAUCUACGUCGUGCUCUUCCUCGUCUACGCCGCCGACAAUGUCAAAAGGGUUAAAACCGCAAAGUUGGUGGCAGCUCUGGACAUCGGAUUUUUCGGGAUCGUGUUCGUGGCCACAACAUUCGGCAUUGGUGGACUUGACAUGAAAAUCAUAGUCAUUGGAUUGAUUUGUGCUUGCCUUAGCGUGUUCAUGUAUGGGUCCCCACUCGCCGCCGUGAGAACGGUGAUCGCCACGAGGAGCGUGGAGUACAUGCCCUUCUUCCUCUCCUUCUUCCUCUUCCUCAACGGUGGCGUCUGGGCCACGUAUGCCAUACUCGACAGAGAUGUCUUCCUCGGGGUCCCAAAUGGGAUAGGCUGCUUCUUGGGAGGCAUCCAGCUGGUUAUCUACGCGGUGUACAGGAACAGUAAGGUUGGAUGUCAGUCUCCGGACAAUGACGAAGUGGCAUACGAUGCUUCGACAUCUCUUCUGUCUUCUGAUGACCGCAGAUAUGGCCAGAACGAUGUUUCCAUCCGCGUUUAGUGAUUUCGAACGAUGUUCCCAAAUACACCAGCACUAUAGUGAUUGUGUAAAAUUAUGUAAUUUUUCGUAGAGCGAGUGAAGUCAAAGUUUUACCUCCCUACUUGAUAUUUGUAAAGCUGGUUAGUUACCCCAUUUAUCAGUCUUCGUCGGAUUACCCCGUUUAACAAAAGUUUCGCAAGUUUA